CCAAGUGCUGAACCAUCACAUCUUUCCAUUCUUACAGAUAUCAAGGCGCUUUUUCGGAUGAUCAUUAGCGUCGCGAGGCGAGAUGAUGGCUUCAAUAGGGGAUUUCGACCCUCUGAACACCAGAGUCCCUGCAACUAAAAUAGAAGUUACAGUUUCCUGCAGGGCUCUGCUGGAUGUGGACACGUUCUCCAAAUCAGAUCCUGUGGUCGUGUUAUAUGUGCAGGGUGUGGGAACCAAAGAAUGGAGAGAGUUUGGCAGGACAGAGGUAAUAGACAACACCCGGAAUCCAGAUUUUGUCAGGAAGUUUGUGCUGGAUUUCUUCUUUGAAGAGAGACAGAAUCUAAGGUUUGACGUGUACAAUGUUGACUCUAGAAGCUGUAACAUAUCCAAACAUAAGGACUUUUUGGGCCAAACAUUCUGUACACUUGGAGAAAUUAUCGGCUCAACAGGAGGACGGCUGGAAAGGACCUUAUCCGGGAUACCAGGGAAGAAGUGUGGAGUCAUAAUCUUGACUGCGGAGGAGCUCAGUAACUGCAGGGAUAUUGCCACAAUGCAGUUGUGUGCCAACAAACUGGAUAAGAAAGACUUUUUUGGAAAGUCUGACCCCUUCCUGGUGUUUUACCGCAGUAAUGAGGAUGGAACGUUCACUAUCUGCCACAAGACGGAGGUGAUCAAGAAUACACUGAACCCGGUGUGGCAGCCCUUCACUAUCCCUGUUAGAGCUCUCUGCAACGGUGACUAUGACAGGACUGUAAAAGUAGACGUGUUUGACUGGGACCGAGAUGGAAGCCAUGACUUCAUCGGAGAGUUCACCACAAGCUACAGAGAGCUGUCUCGGGGGCAGAACCAGUUCAAUGUCUAUGAGGUUUUAAAUCCCAAGAAGAAAGGCAAAAAGAAGAAAUACAUAAAUUCUGGCACUGUAACUCUGCUGUCCUUCAAAGUGGAGUCGGAGUAUACCUUUGUGGACUUCAUCCGCGGAGGGACGCAACUGAACUUCACAGUAGCUAUUGACUUUACAGCAUCUAAUGGUAAUCCAUCCCAGCCCACCUCCCUCCAUUAUAUGAGUCCCUACCAGAUGAAUGCAUAUGCCAUGGCCCUAAAAGCAGUGGGGGAGAUUAUCCAGGACUACGACAGUGACAAGCUUUUUCCUGCCUACGGUUUUGGAGCUAAGCUGCCCCCUGAUGGUAAAAUCUCCCAUGCCUUCCCACUGAAUGGCGACAGCGACCAUCCAAACUGUGUAGGCAUAGAGGGAGUUUUGGAGUCUUAUUUCCAGAGCCUGAGGACAGUGCAGCUUUAUGGACCCACUAACUUUGCACCCGUUAUCAACAAAGUAGCAAACUGUGCAGCAGAGAUUACAGAUGGCUCUCAGUACUUUGUGCUGCUGAUGAUCACAGAUGGAGUGAUAUCUGACAUGGUCCAGACCAAAGAGGCAGUGGUUAAUGCAGCAUCACUUCCUCUCUCCAUUAUUAUUGUUGGUGUAGGGCCUGCUGAGUUUGAUGCAAUGGAGGAGCUUGAUGGAGACGAGGUGAGAGUAUCUUCCAGAGGACGUCUUGCUGAGAGGGACAUUGUUCAGUUUGUUCCAUUCAGAGACUACAUCGACAGAUCCGGUAACCAGGUUCUCAGCAUGGCCCGACUGGCCAAAGAUGUCCUCGCUGAGAUCCCAGACCAGCUGCUGUCAUUUAUGAAGAGCCGAGGAAUUGAACCGCGACCGGCCCUUUCCUCCUCCCCACUGCCGCAGCUGCACCGUCACAUGUGACCGGCAUACCCCGUCACAUAUCCCUUUGUAUCUCCCUUUUUCGCCUUCCUAGACUUCUUGUCGCUACCUUCUCUUACAUUUAUUUGACACUUCAAAAAGAAGGGAGGAUCAAGCAUCUGCUUGCCCUUCUUGCUCUCUUAUCCACAGCGAGUCUAAACAGGCACACCCCAUCUGCACAGCAGUCGCUCAUCCUUGACCCACCUGCUGCUGUAACUCAUCUGCUCUUCUUCCUCCUAUUACUUUUCAAUUACAUUACUAAAGAGCAGUAAGACUGAACCCUGACUGCAACCUUCUGGAAUUGACAUUCAGAACUGGAUGUCUAGUAUUUACCUCAACAUUCCUAUCAUUGGGUCUUUAUCGGACACCCCUAAUGAAGAAUGUUCCACAAUUAUCUACAAACUGUUUUGACAUUUCUUAUUCUGUCCAAUUAGGAGCAAAAUUUGCUAUUCAAUUGAAGCUAAAUCAAUUCUAGGCCCUUGAUGAGCUAUAACUUGUCCCUAUAACAGCCUCUGGCCAAAGGAGUUUUAACCCUAUUUCACUCUAGUUGUCUCUCACAUCUCAGAGUGAUUUAUUCUCCUGAGCAAUUAGACUGGGGCAGACUAAAUUGCUCAUGUGAAGGUUGCAGACGAACACUGGCAGAUCCAGGGUGAGGGUCCAAUGUUGCAUCAGAAGUAGACACACAUAUUACACUUACAUUCACACCAACGCUCACGAACAUGCAUGACUCUGUCUGCGACACCACACCCACCUUCUCUUUGCCCAGCGUGGGCUGAUGCUGGGUGCAUAUUCCACCCCUGCUGCGAGAGAAAUGCCAGUCUCUCCAGCUGUCCUGCAGAGAGGUGGGGGAAAGGAAGGGGGUUAGGAAGAAGGAAGGAUAGAAGGAAAUAAAGAAAGAAAAGAGCCAGAGGGAGGGAAUUAUGGUAGAGGGAAGAAAAGAGGAACAAGGGUAAGAGAGAGGAGACAAGACAUAGAUAUGCUCAAGGACUCAAUAAGGUAGAAAAAACAAACAACAAAACUUAGAAAUUUGCUUAGUUUGAUGCCAGAAAAGAAGGAAAACCAUAGAACCCAGAUAAAGGCUGCAUAUCAGUGAUGUCCCUACAUUAGUGUUUAAAAAGUAUGCAUAUAUAGAUCAAAUUAAUGCUAAUCUAGGAUCAAUGCACAUUCUAUGAAAAGCAAUACGACUGACUCCUAGCAUAGUGUUUGCCUUAUGCAUGUACCGUCCGCUCCUGUUAUUACUUUACAUUUUACUUGCAGAAUGAAACUGCUUACAAAGUGGGGAAAGGCUGCCACCUAGUGCUCACUCUUUGUAUAGCUGGACAUCUAUAUUAUGCAUGACUACUGUACAGCUCUAAACCAUCUGAAAGAUACGAGUGCAUGAACACAUCCAGACAAAUGUCAGGUGUGAAAACGACCAAGAACUGAGUAGAAUUUACAGACCUAGAAAUGCAAAGUCUGUGUAAAAUCCGUCAAUUUCAUGUCUGACUAUGGCGGUUUGAAGCAGUGUUCAA